AUGCCGCCCAAAGCCAUCAAGGGAGAAUAUAUCGAGACGGAUACCGGGAACAAAGUGUCCCGCCGCAACCAGGUACACGGCACCCAGCAUAUCAUCCUGGGCGGGAAAACAGUUAUCCAGGCGGACGUCUGUAUACGCGGCGACCUCUACCGCCAGCAAUCUUCGUCCUCCGCAGCAGCAGCAGCUAGCACCGCUGGCGCUGCCGGAUCCAAAGCAGCCGCAAACCCCAACACUCCCUCAAUCGCCGUGACGAUCGGUCGGUACACCUAUCUAUCUCGCUCAUGCCUUCUACGGCCCCCGUCCCGCCUCCAUCGCGGCGUGCACUCGUACUACCCGCUCAAGAUGGGCGACCAUGUGUUUGUCGGGGAGAGCUCGGUGGUUGAAGCUGCGACAGUGGGCAAUCACGUCCACAUUGGCCGUGAUGUCGUUAUCGGAUCGAUGGCCAUAUUAAAGGACAACGUGGUGGUGCUGGACGGAGCGGUUGUCCCCGCCGGAAUGGUCGUGCCUAGCUGGUCUGUCGUUGGCGGUGCGCCGGCGAGAGUAGUAGGCGAGGUCGGCGAGGGAUACGGCGUUGAAGGCGCGGAGGGUGGAAUGGCGAGGGAGAGAUACAGGCUCGUUGGCCGGUAG